AUGACGACUUAUGUUGACAAUACGGCCACGCUUCUGGAUGAAGCUCGUCGUGCCACCCACAGCGAACAUGAACUCACCUUUCUGCGGGCCCUCCAGCUAUAUCCCAAGGCAGUUGCAUGGUCAAUAUUUCUGUCUCUAGCCCUCAUCAUGGAAGGCUACGACAUGAAACUUGUGGGUUCCCUCUUUGCUCAACCCACUUUCCAGAAAAAAUACGGCCAGGAGUUGCCGAAUGGCACGUAUGAAAUCAGCGCUUCUUGGCAAGCUGGCCUCUCCAAUGGUGCUUCGGUUGGAUCGCUCAUGGGCCUUCUCCUCAACGGUUAUCUAUCGGAACGAUUCGGAUUUCGCAAUACGAUGCUGGCUUCGUUGGCUUUCAUAACUGCUACGAUAUUCAUCCCUUUCUUUGCUCCAAGUAUCGAGGUAUUGUUAGUUGGCCAGGUUUUGAUGGGCAUUCCUUGGGGCAUCUUUCAGACAUUGACUACUUCAUACGCGGCCGAAGUAGCUCCGACCCAUCUUCGUGCUUAUCUCACCACCUACGUGAACCUCUGCUGGGUUUUUGGACAGCUACUCUCCGCCGGUGUUCUGCGAGGAGUACUUACACGGUCUGACCAAUGGUCUUAUCGUAUCCCCUUCGCUCUGCAAUGGGUCUGGCCAAUUCCGUUGAUGAUCGGAAUAGUCUUCGCUCCUGAAUCGCCCUGGUGGCUUGUUCGCAAGAAUCGCUUAGAAGAAGCCAAAGCGGCUCUUCUUAGAUUAACAUCACCCGGCCGUAUUGAGUUUGACGUCGAUCAAGCAAUUAAACUAAUGGUGGUGACGACAGAGAAAGAGCGGGAAUCGGGCACAGGCACUCGCUAUAUUGAUUGCUUUCGUGGCGUAGAUCUACGCCGCACCUCGAUUUCCUGUAGCUGCUGGGGUAUUCAAAUCUUAUCCGGGACGAGCCUCCGUAUCUACUCCACCUACUUCUACAAGCAAGCAGGACUACCGACGGAGCAGGCCUUCACCAUGUCUAUCGCACAGUAUGCCCUCGGCAUCGUUGGUGUAUUUGUAGCCUGGAUUUUGCUACCACGGUUUGGCCGACGAACCAUUUACCUCUGGGGCUUGGCCAUUUUGGCAGUGCUCUUGCUGGUCAUUGGCAGUCUGGGUGUCGCCGAGUCUCGAUCCCCGUCCCCAGUGGAUAGCAGCGGUGGCAGCCGGCUUGCCUGGUCAAUUGGAUCUAUGCUGCUUGUACACACGUUCUUCUACGACGUCACCGUCGGCCCAGUCUGCUACUCACUUGUGGCGGAGAUCCCUUCCGUCCGUCUCCGCAGCAAGUCAAUCGUGCUGGCACGUAUGACAUAUAAUAUCCUUAAUAUCAUCAGCAACGUCAUCACACCGUACAUGCUGAACCCGUCGGCAUGGAAUUGGGGUGCGAAAGCGGGCUUUUUCUAUGGUGGCACUUGUGUUUUAUCUUUGAUCUAUACCUAUUUAUGUAUUCCUGAACCUAGCGGACGGACCUAUGCAGAGCUAAGCAUCCUGUUCCAGCGCAAAGUCUCAGCUCGGAGUUUCGCCAAGACGCACGUCGAUCUAGCAGAGGCGAGAGGGUUAGACAGGGAUUCCCCGAAGAUCGACUGA